GUUUGAUUCUUUCAGCAUAUUCUCAACCACUACCAUCAUCAUGGGAUCAGUAUCCGAAGAAUACCCGCCGCUUGCGGCUCUUCCCAAUCUCAGUCUACACCCAUCCAUUGACGCAGAACAGCUCUCUGCAUCCAAGAUCGCCAACGAAUGGCUUGCUUCUUUCUCAAAGAGCCUUUCUACGGGUCGUGCAGACGCUAUCCAAGCCCACUUCCUGGAGAAGGAAUCCUGGUGGCGCGAUUUUAUCUCCUUCUCAUGGGACAUUGCAUGCCAUAACGGGUCCCAGGCCAUCUCCGACUACCUCGCCAGCUCCACAAGUGACUUUUCAGACCCGACACUGGACCAGCCUGGCGCAUUGCAACCGCACUUGGCUGACCUGGGGGGUAUGCGCUUCAUCCAGGCCGGGUUUGGGUUCAAGAACAAGUCCGGCAAGGGGAGGGGUGUUCUUCGCCUGGCGAAUGUGGGGCCCGAGGAGUGGAAGGCGUGGACAGUAUUCACCGUGCUUGAGCGCCUGAAUGGACAAGACGAGCUGGAAGCACAGAGGGUGAAGGCAGCCGGAAUCCAGUCAAGUGGAUCUGGGCCCCAACCGACCAACGGGGACAGCGAUCUGCAAGUCUUGGUCGUGGGAGCAGGUCAAUCGGGUCUUGCUCUGGCCGCACACCUACAGAAUCUGGGGCUCAAAUAUCUGGUCGUCGACAAAACAGCCCGUCCUGGAGACUCAUGGCGUGCCAGGUACGCGUCAAUCAAAUCACACACCCCAAGCUACACGGACCACUAUCCGUUCUUAAAAUACCCCACCAAUUGGCCGCGCUACCUCGACCAAGAGCACAUUGCCAAAUGGAUGGAGCACUACGGGGACCUUCUGGGUCUUAAUAUCAGACAUGGCACGCUAGCCACGAAUAUUAACUACAACGAGUCCACCAAGCGGUACUCGGUCGACCUCCAAUCCACCGAGGGCGGCGUACAGAACAUCACCACCAAGCACCUCGUCCUCGCCACGGGCCUACUCAGCGAUGUCCCCAUCAAGCCCGCCUUCCCCGGUGAGGACACAUUCAAGGGUCAGAUCUUCCACACAUCGGCGCAUCAGUCCGCGAGCUUGAUGCCCGAUCUGCAGAACAAGAAAGUUACCAUCAUCGGCUCCGGAACAAGCGCACACGACGUCGCCCAGGACUUCGCCAGUCACGGAGCGAAAUCAGUCACGAUCGUGCAGCGCAGCCCUAUUUUCGUUACGUCUCUCAAGUCCACAGAGGAGCUGCAGGUGAAGCUGUGGGAUACGCCGGGCUUGAACACCGAGGAUGCUGAUCUUCUGGGUAACUCGUUCUCGACGGCAGUUGUUCGGACUCUUAGUGUCGGCGCGUCGCAGAUGAUGUCCAUGUUGGAUAAGGACAUGUUGGACGGGCUGGAAAAGGCCGGACUGGCCGUCAAGAGGGGCGACCAGGGCGACAGUCUCGUUGAUCAUCAGCUGAUCAAAGCGGGUCAUUUCUAUAUUGACCAGGGAGCAUGCGGGAUGAUUCUCGAUGGUCGGAUCCAAGUGCGGAGAUGUCAGGAAGGCGUCCGGGAAUAUUACCCAGACGGAAUUACUCUCGCCGAUGGUACUCAGGUCGAGUCGGAUGUUGUUAUUCUUGCCACGGGCUUCGAACGCAUAGAUAAAGCGAUCGAGCGGAUCGUGCCUAAGGAGAUCCUGGACAGGGUGCCGGGUGUGAUAUGUAGCUUGGAUGAGAGCCAGGAACGGUUUGGUGUAUGGAGACCGACUGGCAUGCCAGGAUUCUGGUACAUGACGGGCAGCUUUCUCUGGUCGAGACAAUUCUCUCCUGUCCUGGCUUUGCAGAUUGCCGCUGUCGAGUGGGGGCUGAACAAAGAGUAUCAAUGGUAAACCGAAGGGUCAUUUGUGAUAUAGACUUGAUAGUAUUUCAGGAUUUUACUGCUACGAUACGUAUCCACGAUAGAUGUUUUACAUUCAAG